UUGCUUCGUGAAGUGCAGGGUCAAACGCGCGGUGUGAAGCACGACGAGAAUCACCGGCAUGGCGUGAUCAGUCUUGGAGAUUGAAUUGAACGGGAACAUGACAUCCACACUGUGCAUCUUUGAGCCCUACUUGGGUCCCCCCCUUCCCGCCGCUUCGGUCCCGUUGCGCGGACCGACGUUCGGCCUUUCGCGCAUCAGCAAUAGAAGAGCAGGACUUGGCACUUCCGAAGCAUGGCAAGCCAUCCGCGCUCUUUCCCGCUCGCAUUCGCGCCGCUGGGAUGGAUUGCUGCAAGAUGAUGGAUGGAGAGCCGCUGGCGGUAUGACGUGCGCAGCAUACCACCACCCCAGUACCGAGUCUUGCGCGCGCCUGCCUCUACGACUUUUGAGUGCAACGUUGCCACUUUUCGGGGAAGGCAGUCUUGCGCGUACUGCCUCGAAGCCUCGUGCUUUUCAGAACGAUGGUCAAAUAGAACGAGCCUUCUUCGAAGAGAUGCAGCCCUCCCGAAUCGUAUUCAUUCUUGAGCUGCUUGCUUCAUGCACUCGAAAGUGAAACUCGAACGGCAGGCUCCGUCAAGGCUUUCAAAGAAGAGGGACCUUUCAACCAAGGUUCUAUGCUCAAAUUCCGCACAGAGCUUCUUCAACAAGUGCCUCAAGGCU